AGUGCCAGGGCGAUUGUCAUAAGUUCGCCAGCAUUGAGGCCGCUAGUACGCAAGGAUAUCGAACAGGAGGCGAACAGGAGAAAGAAACGCAGUGAGAUGAAAGGCCGCCUGUCAAUUGCGAUACUCUGCCUCAUUUUGGCCAACUCACCGUUCCAUGCCGCGCCAGCCGCCGCUAGCACCAGUGAAAGGGUGCACAUACGUCUGCACAUGCCGGAAAUUGUGCGCAAGCACACGCAUUUCCACAAGGUCUACAAACUGUUGCCACCAGCGAUGGAGCCAACCAUCGAACACCAUCCUUACUCGCACUCGUCGCCAACGGCAUCGGCGCCGCAUGGGAAACCACACGUGUCUCUGCUGGGCUAUACGACAACGGCAAGUGGCACUGGCGUCCUCUCGCCCAAUCUUAUGCAACUGAUGGCAUCGGCUGCCACGCCCAUGUCCGUGUUGCCCACACUCACGCCAAACUAUGGGCCAGCACUGUUCGAUAACUUCAAUCAGGAAGUCGCAACAACAACAACGACAACAGCAACGCCUGCCACAUCGAGGCCAAGUGGCAGUGGUGGCAACUAUCCUGGCAGCAGCUCUGGAAAGUCGUCGCAGCAACAGCUGUUGCAGCAAAUCUUUACGCCAAACAUUUUGGCUGCCAUCUCAGCCUCGCAGCAGCAGAGGAAGAAGCACCAGCAGCACAGCUACAGCAACAACAUUGAUAUGCAAUCGGAACCAGAGUCCGAAUCGGAACCGGAGCUGGAAAACAAUGAGAUGCUCAAUGGCAACUUUUUGGCAGCGUUGCAACAUGAAUAUUUCAAUAAAUUCGGUUCGGGCACUCGCAAGCGCAAGAAGAUUCAUUUCAUGAACAAUUAUCGACGACCUUCCACAAAGCCCACCUCAAAUUAUGUGCAGGAGGGCGAGGAGCAUUACGAUGACUAUGCGGAAGAAUCGCCCACUUCAUCAACGGGCUAUGAGGAUCAACCUGAGCCGACACCUCCCAGCUCCUUUGGGGAUGAUGAGGAUGAUGAUAGAGAUGAGGCUGCUGGCUAUGACAGCGCUGCAGCGUUUAGUGGCCAGUCGAACGGCAUGUCAUUGAUGCCCACGGUGGAUGACUUUUUGAGCGAUGUCAACAGCAAUUCCUAUGCGCCAUUCUAUAGCAAUAUGUAUGAUGAUUAUGGACCCAGCUCUGUAGCCGCUGGCAACAAUAAUUGGCAUUCAUCUCCGCCCCCCACAUUCUCCACAUAUGCACGACCCACAAAGGCCACGCCUCCCAAAUUGCGACUACGUCAAAGGCGACCCAGUUCGACAAUGUCUUCGGGCAAAGUGCGCUAUGUGAAGCUAACAACGCGAAAGAAACGAAAGAAUCGCAUUAAAUCGAAGAGAUAUCGCAUAUAAGCCAGAUUCUAGUUAACAAUAAAUAGUUGUAAAAUUUAUCGAGUCACUUUUGCGGCAAAUGUAUAUAGAAAUUAACUAGUUCGAGUUGAAAUUUUGAUCUGACAAUUGAUAGUCUCCUAGUUAUAGAUUGUAUAACCUUGUUGAUUUCUAUUAAAACAAAAGAAAAAAACAAUUCAAUU